UGACCUUCUGUGCCGUCUGGACUGAAUCCAUCCCCUGGAUCUUCUCUUUGUAGUUUUUGGUGGAUGCUGACUGAGAGGCAAACAUGAUCGACUACGAGCGCCCCUCUCCAUUAGGCUUCGGGCCGGCUGGGAGGAGGAGUGUGUUGGUUCCUGACAUCCCGACACACACAUACACACACACUCUGACGGCCAUGCCUCUAAGAUACUCCCACCAGAGGAGGAAAGCCAGCACAGCGGCUGCUCGGAGGAUGGAGAGGAGACACAGGGACCAGGGCAGGAGCAGCGGCAACAACAACAACAACGACGACGACGACCCGAGCAGCAGCCACAACCACCGCUCCAAGAAGCUGGCCAUGCUCUCCAGGUCUCUGAUACUGUGUCACUCCAAGACCAACGACGACUGUGGGGAGGAGAGGAAUUCUGUGGGAGUGGCGGACGGGUGGUGCAGGACACAGGGUUCAAGCUGGAGGACGGAGGCGACCACGGCUGCUGUUCACGCGGGACACAGAGGCGCGGAGAACGGACACUGCAGGAGGACGGCCAAUCAGCAGCCGGCGCUGGAGAGGAGAGGAGGGAGUAAGACGGACGAUCGCCUUCAUCACAGCAACACAGGAAGAGAGAAUAAACGGAGCUUAAGGAGAACGUUCAGCAUCAAGGAGAGCAGUAUCUGGAGGAUGUGUGUAGCCACAGGUCCUGCUGAGGAGGUGUGUUCACCACAAAUGGCUGACAACAGCAUCCAGACGGGGGAUAAGGACAGUCGUGUGGAGCCAGGGAGGAACGGAGUAAACCUUCACAGAGGCUGCAGCUUCCUGAGCUCAGACAAGCUGGCACCUUUUAACGGACACGUUCUAAAUGGCAGCACUUGGUCGGAGGCGGAGCCGGCGAGGAGCGUCCACAUUAAAGGCUGCAGCGAGGAUAAUUCCACGCACGACGAAGACGACACUCUCCGUUCACGCAGUCUGAACACAAGUCCACAGCAUCCGUCUCUCGUGUCCCCAUGUGAGUCUCCGUCCCUGCCCGGAUUCACGGAGGAAGAGCUCUUAGCCAACAACAACCACCUCAAGUUACCCAUCCCAGAGGUGAACGAGGACAAGUGCUGGGAGACAGAGAAGACGGAGCAGAGUCCACCGGAGCAGACGGACAACAACAGGACACGCUCCAACUCAACCAGCGUCCAGCCGUACUGGAUCGGGGACUUGGACGCCAUCAUCAUGAAAUCCCCCGAGCUCUGCAGCAGUCACACACAAGGGAAUGCUGGUUUCUAUGGAAACAGGAAGUCACUGUCGCAGCAGCUGGAGUUCCCUCACACCAACACACAGCCCGUGCAGCGACCCUCCCGCUCUCUCAGCUCGGCUCAGCUCGUUCACUCGUGCAGCAACGUGCAACAAGCGUUCAUCAUCUGUAACAUCGUCCUGAUGAAGGGACACGGCAAAAGUCUGGGCUUCAGUAUCGUUGGAGGGAAGGACAGCAUGUACGGACCAAUGGGAAUCUACGUGAAGAGCAUUUUCCCGGGAGGAGCAGCUGCUGCUGAUGGACGACUGCAGGAGGGUGAUGAGAUCCUGGAGUUGAAUGGAGAGUCUCUGCAUGGUCUGACUCACGACGAAGCUCUGCACAAGUUCAAACAAAUCAGGAAGGGACUGCUGACUCUGGUGGUGAGGACCAGCCUGCGCGUCGGCGCCCUCUGUGGUCAGGUGCAGGUGACGCAGCUGUGCAGGUCGCGCUCCCUCAGCUCCAGCGCGGGAAUCUCGCGGGUCAGCGCCGACAUGAGCGACUACAACUACCUGAACAACAGCUGCAGUAACUCACUGAGCGUCCCGGGUCAACCUGUCAAACCCAGAGACCGAGUCGUGAUGGACAUCAUCCUGCACAAAGAAGCUGGUGUUGGUCUGGGUAUUGGACUGUGUUGUGUUCCAUCAGCUGACGGAUGCCCAGGAAUCUACAUCCACACUCUCUCUCCUGGAUCUGUCGCUCACAUGGACGGCCGACUAUGGUGUGGAGACGAGAUCAUGGAGAUCAACGACACUGUGGUUUACAGCAUGGCACUGAACGACGUCUACACAGUCCUGAGCCAGUGUUCACCAGGUCCGGUCCACAUCAUCAUCAGUCGCCACCCGGACCACAAAGUAUCAGAGCAGCAGCUGAAUGACGCCAUCGCUCUCGCGGUGCAGAACAGCAAACUGAGGAAGGACAAGAGUCAGUGGAGCAUUGAUGGUCUGCGCAGACUGGACUCGUGCUCUCACAGUCGUCAGAGGUGCGAGCACUGUAUGGAGAGGAGCGUCAGUCAGCAGACGGUGCGACGAGCGCAGAAGACCAUGACUCGCUCCUGCAGCGACAACGCCAACAGCCAGAACUACAGCCGCUGCCUCGCCAUCCACAACCUGCACAACCUGCACAACACACACCACCACCACCACCACCUCCCGUCAGGACGCGUCCACAGCCUCGACACAGCCAAGUCUGUGACAGAGACAUGGUCAGAAAACAGAUUGUCUGUGCCCAUGUACCUUGAUGAAGACUAUAACAUUCCAUACAACUCUCCCGGUGCCAGCAACCGCUCCAGUCAGCUAACCCUGGACCUGGGCCUCAAGAGCAACAAGUCCCUCUGCAGGGCUCGUGCUGCCCCUCAGAGAUACUGCUGGCCAGACGUGACCAGUGAAGAAGGUUAUAACGGAGACUCCAGUGGUUCCAGUCGAGGAUCCCCAGUCAGAGACGAGGGAGUGGACCUGACGUCACACAGCAGCUGCCUGUUCUUCAGUCUGUACAGAGCCUUACAAAAGAUCCUGAGAUUACUCUUCAGGAACGAAGGAGAACGAAUAAGAGAACAGUCGGAGGGGAGCAAAGACGACCGCACUCAUCGAGACUCUGCAGCCUCCGUCAACGACAGGCGACACUUAGGAGAUUCCUCAGUGUUGUUCUGCUCACUGCCAAAGAGAGGAGCUUUGAGGAGGCAGGCACGUAUUGAGCAACGUUCCCAAGAUCAUCUUCAGGAUCCUUGGGUUCGCCUCUCAGACAGCUCCCCGGAAAAAACACCUGAGAUCCACCUCCAGCACGCCACAGACGGUACACGACCGGUCAACAUCCACAGCAAGCCCGCGACCAUGAGUGAUGAGGAGAAUGCUGUCGAGCUUAACGGCACGGCGACAGAUGAUACUUCAGAUCCUCCAUCCAACGACAUUCCAGAAAACCCAUGCGAAACUCCAGAUUUAAAGAAGGGGCCCCCGGUGGCACCAAAGCCCACCUGGUUCCGCCAGAGUCUGAGGAAAAUUCGAGACGAGCAGGAUGAGAAGAAGCGCGCAAACUCUGCAGAGCAGAGAUCUGCUGCAGGAUUCAGCAGAAACUUCGCAAUCAGGUCUGCUUCAUCUGCCGCAAACCUGUCCAUCAAACAAAAGAUCCACUCAUUUGAGACUUUUUCCAGUCCAGAGAGUCCAGAGAAGAGGAGCCAGAGGAGGCUCGUGGCCCCCUCCGCAUCCCUUCCUCUGGUGGAGAAGGAGACCAGGAGUUACCAUGACUCAUGUGAAGAGCGUGGGACCAGCAAGCAUGGGAUCCCCAAAGAGAUCCAGUCAGACCAAUCUGAAUGUGUUCGAGAGACAGACCUCAAUGUCGCUACUUCCGCCUCUAUCACUUCCUGUGAAGAUGGACCCCCCUCCAUUCAAAACCCGACAGUUCUUCAACCGUCUGACACCAUCAGCACUGACCUGGACUCUGGAAUUAAUGACUCAGCUUCAGCUGACAAUGACAGGAAUAUCUUACCUUCCUUGUCGGCAUCAGAGCCAGAGAAGGUGGAUCUCAGUGAGGACCUAGCUCCUCCAACGUCUCUUAAAUCCGAUCAUGGUGGAGGGGAAAGUCCUCCAGAGGCAGCAGAGGAUGGUGAAGUGCAAAUCCAAGAAAAGCCGCCGAGUAUGACAGCGAGUGCUGACCUCCCAACAGACAGUAACUCCACGAGAGGACUAGAGGAAGAAAAUCUAGGGAAAAUCCUCGCCUUCAGCAACCAGGUUUCACAGGCACUGAUGCGUUCUCUACCCAUGUGCUCCAGCCACGGGAACCAGCGCUCUCAAAACCUGCAGGACGCCACGUCAGAGGACGCUAACAAUGUUGGCGAGUCCGAGUCAGCUGUGGACACAAGUGACAGAGGAUUCUCCGUCAGCUUGGCAACACUGAGAGAGUGCACCAUUGAGCGAGAGGAGGGGACGUCACAUGACGAGGCUGCGGUCACUUCCGCGUCUGCUCAGUCCGUGAUGUCAGCGAUCCCUUCACAGGAAAUACAGAGGAUGAUCCAGGAAGUCUCAACUCUAGAUGAGGAGACUCUGAAGCAACUGGUGGACAUCCACGUUGUGAUUCUGCACAAAGAGGAAGGAGCAGGACUGGGAUUCAGCAUCGCUGGAGGUUCUGACCUGGAGAGUAAAGCUCUGACAGUCCAUAAGGUGUUUCCGAGCGGCCUGGCAGCUCAGGAGGGAACCAUCCUCAAAGGGGACGAGGUUCUGUCCAUCAACGGUCAAACGCUGCGCGGCGUCACACACGCCGACGCCACUGCGGCUCUGCGUCAGGCCCGAGGCCUCGAACUCGCCGUGGUCGUCAUCGCCAAGAGAGCGGAGGACGAAGGAAGAGAGGCGGGAAUCUGCAGGAGCGAAGAGCCGACUCCUUCAUUGGAGGAGCAGGGAGCUCCGGAGUGUGUGCAGCUGGAAAAAGGAGCUGGAGGAGUGGGUUUUACUCUGGAGGGAGGAAAAGGCUCCAUUCACGGAGACAAACCUUUAACCAUCAACAGGGUCUUUACUGGUGGCGCUGCGGAGCAGAGAGGUCUGCAGUGUGGAGAUGAGCUGCUGCAGGUGCAGGGAGUCAGUCUGCAGGACAUGACGCGGUUUGAAGCGUGGAACCUGAUCAAGGCUUUACCUGAGGGAGUGGUCACAGCGGUGAUCAGGAGGAGGCCGACGGCGACGGACUGAGAGACACUGUCGCUGCUCAGCAAACAGAAAAACUUUAUAAAAAACACAAAAGAACACAGCACUUAAGAUAAACCAUCCAUGGCCUUUUAAUUAUCUACUGUUGCACAGCCUAUUCUCACUGGACACUCCCAUCUGUACCAAAUCCCAUUAAGAAAAUCAAUGUUUUUAGCACACAGAGUUACAGGAGGCGCUGCUCUACUGCUGCCUUGUUUGGCAAGUCUGGGUCACCAAGGCUGAUCAGCAUCGAGGACUUCAGAUACUGAAGUCGUAAAAUAACACAAUUUAACUCACUGACGGAGGCAGCAGUGCAUUGACAACUUGUGUGCGUGCUGUGAUGUAAAAUCGCUGAUUUUCUCUAUGGAGUUUGGUCCUGGCGAGGAAAGUGGCGUACGAAAAUUUCUGAACGCUGCGAAAGCCAUUCAGUCUCAUCUCAUCUCAUCACCAGUAUUUCAUUCACCUUCAGUGGAACAUUUCUCCGCUCUCAGCCCGGACAGUGUCAAACUCUCACGUGAAUUAAAUGUGUGGAAAUUUGCAAACUGUUGUUUUCCUUGUGUGCUCUUAAAUAAAGAUUCUAAUAAAGCAGCAA